AUGUGCUUUUCUAAGAUCAAUCCAAAAGUGUUUACUCCUAUAAAUUUUGUUGAGAAAGAAUAUGACAAGUUAGAACUUGAAGAAAUAUAUGAAAACCUUCAACACUAUUUGAACUUAUCUUUUAAUAAUAAUAUGAUUACUAUUAACAGUCAACAAUAUUCAACUGAAUUUUUAGAAUUCAGCAAACUUGAACUUUUGAGGACUAACAAGCAUUGGAAAGGAUUAAGACGAUGUUUGUGUAAAAUAUUAUUAAAAGGAGAAGAUUAUUCAUGUUAUAAAAUAUUGCAUCAGGAUCUACAGGAAUAUCAAAUAGCUAUUUCAAUUAAUAAAGCGUAA